AUGGGUACUCUUAAGAAUGAGUUCAAGCCCAGUGAUUAUGAAAAAGUAGAUAAUAAUUUGGUAAAUAUUUUUCUUUUCUCCAAACAAACUUAUCAUUUUUUUCUUUUCCUGUCUAUACUACUAUCCAAACAUACCCCGAAGCUCUCUCCUUCACCAUCAUUCUCUCACUCUCAAUCCUCUGUUGGCAUCUCUCUCCCAACUUCUUCAAUUUCAUUCUCCACUUCUGCAUCGCUUCCACAAAUUUACUGUGGCAGAGGUGACAAGAAGGCCGCCAAAGGAAAGCGCUUCAACCACUCAUUCGGAAAUGCGAGGUCCCGGAACAAGAAUAAGGGGAGAGGCCCUCCCAGGGUUUCGGUUCCUCCGGCGCCGCCAAAGAAAGACAGUUUUGAUGACGACGAGGUGAAGAUCGACAUUGAUGAGUCUCUGUUCUAGUUUAAACUAUGGAGAGCUCAAUUUGGUUGGCAAUGUAAUUUCUGAUCUCUAUUUUACUUUUGUUGUUACAAUUUGCAAAUCAUUACUGCAAUUUGUUCGUGA